CUCUCACUCCCUUCCUGCUGCAUCACAACAGCCGUUAGCAGCUCGAGUAGCACCAGUGACCGGGGGGGGACAGGAUCAGGAUAUCCACCCGCUAAUUCAUUGAUAAAAUAACUCCGCGGACUUUGCAGCACCCAACAACAUCCUAACACGGAGGUAACCGACAGGAACUGGUUGCAGUGCGAUAACCCCGCUCCAGCUGUUGGGAUAUGGCCAGGCCGGAACAGGUUCUGCUCUUGGAGCCUCAGCACGAACUGAAAUUCAGAGGUCCAUUCUCAGACGUGGUCACCACAAAUCUUAAGCUCUCCAACCCAACAGACAGGAAUGUGUGUUUCAAGGUGAAGACGACAGCGCCGCGUCGGUACUGUGUCCGGCCAAACAGUGGAAUCAUCGAUGCAGGCACCUCAAUCAACGUCUCAGUUAUGCUGCAGCCUUUUGACUACGACCCCAAUGAGAAGAGCAAACACAAGUUCAUGGUCCAGUCCAUGCUAGCACCUCCUGACAUGACUGACAUGGAGGGAGUGUGGAAGGAGGCGAAGCCAGAGGAGCUGAUGGACUCUAAGCUGAGGUGUGUUUUUGAGAUGCCAGUGGAGAACGAAAAAACGCAUGACAUGGAGUCCAACAAGAUGAUGUCGUCCAGCUUGCUGAAGUCAGAGUCCUCUGCGCUGCCUGUGAAGUCACUGAGCUCCACCCUCGAUGAUGGGGAGGUGAAGAAGAUCAUGGAGGAGUGUAAGAGGCUGCAGAUGGAGGCUCAGAGGCUACGGGAAGAAAACAAACAGAUCAGGGAGGACGACGGCCUGCGGAUGAGGAAGAGCAAUGUGAUGUCUUCUCAGCACACCUCCGUUGGCAUGAAGAAGGAGGAAGGGUUGAGCGCCCGCACGGUGGCCCUCAUCAUGCUUUUCUUUGUGGUGGGCGUCAUAGUGGGCAAGUUGGUCUUGUAGAGCGCAGAGCAGCUCUUUGGUUGGCCGCAGCAUGCUUUCGGGGGAUGAAAACAAAAACACGGGAUCUGGGAUUUUUGGAUCAGGAAAAAAAAAUGCCAUAUCCGCUGGGUGGUGGGGUGGGGGUGGUACAAAUUUUGAUUCAGUCUAAUUUAUGUAAAAAAACAAACAAAAAAAUUCAACGGUAAUGUAUGAGAAAAAAAAAGAAGUGAAAUCAUCUUAUGAACAAACCUACUGUUACAGGUCUUGCCUCUACGUAAUCAUCACAUAAUCAGUCUGGCCCUCUUCCCAAAGUUUCAUGUAUACAGAUGACUGGUUCCGUGGGGGUGGGGGGUGGGGAGAUCGGUCGGGGGUAAUGGAAAUAUGAGUUAAUGCUAGUGAUUCAGACCAAUGGAUUUUCUAACACUGGCGAGGUAGUGUUGGUGAGAGUGAGUCAGUUUGCAAUUGUGCGAAUGUCAUUUUAGUGCAUUGUUGUUUCUUUUUACUAAAUGACGGAGGCCAGAGCCUAUGUAUAUGUAAACGUAACCCCCCACCACACACACACACACACACGCAAACACACUGUACAGUAUAUCCAGGUGUUCCUUCCAGCUAAACCCCCUUUAAAAAAGGGAUUUAACCAGAGAGAUGAUCCACACAGUCGGGGUUUCACACAGGGCUAUCAAACUGACUCCUCCAAUCAGAGGCUUUGUAAAAUCUGCUUGUCUCUGAUUGAACAACCUUGAUCAGCUUAUGAAACACUAUACCGUAGGUAUUUUCUUUCCUUGUGUCCUUUUUAUUUUCAGUCUACCUUACUCCUGUCACCCAUCACUCGGUAUUCACCACAUCCCCAGUUGUCAGAGGGGGAUGUUUGAUGAUUGCAUGCGUUCACACAGAGUGUUGCAUCUGGACUUUUGAAUCUAAUUUAAUUGCUUUUAUAAUGGUGAUAAUAAUAAUGUCAUUUGGCUGUAGGUUUGCACAACUACAUUUUCUGAUUUUCUUUUCUCUCUCUUUUCUGUUUUGUUGCAUUUUUAUGAUUUUAAGUGAAUUUUUUUUUUCCUCCUUUGGUUGUUGUUGUUGUUGUUAGGGUUGAAGCAUUUAAGAAUAUUUGCAGCUACCUGAAAUGAGAUUUGUAGGAUUAGAUCAUUUCUAUAAAUGUUCUUCAGAUGAAAGCCUUGCCUUGUGACCUGUUUGGGCAAGUUAUUCUCAGGCCAAGAAGGAGGUAUAUAUACAGUACAUUAAAAUAAUAAUUAUAUAUAUAUAUAUAUAUAUAUAUAUGUAUGUAUAUAUAUGUAUGUAUGUGUAUAUAUAUAUAUAUAUAUAUAUAUAUAUAUAUAGUACACGCACGCACACAAACAACACAGAAAGCAUGCAUAUGUAUAGUAAGAAACCACAAAUGGACAGAAGGUGCAUAUAGAGGCGAAUGGUUUUGUGUUUUCCUGACAACAUCACCAAGGUCUUGUUACUGUGUCCUAGCAAAGGGACCUUGGUCUUUUUCAGCUCUUUUUUUUUCUGUUUUCUCCAUAUUUUCUUACUGAGCCAUACAUUUGUUGACAUUCUGUUUUAUUUGGGCAAAUGUAUGUCAGAGAUCAGCUGAGUGUUUUAAGCUAGCUGCUGCAGUUCUCCACUGCUGGUCUGGUCAUUAUUGCUGGUUCUUUUUUCUGUUUUUCUUUCACUCCACUUCAGGCCUUUGUUCAGUUUUUGGUGUUUGUUCAGCAUUUAUCCAAUGCUUAUUAACGUUAUAUCCUCACUGCAUUUGAAGUUGUGUUCAAUUUUAAUGCACUAAGGUUAAGAGUGUUUCUCCUUUGAUCUUCCUGCAGCAUACAACCUUUUUUUUUUUU